AAGAGCUGAUUUCGUUUUUCCAAUGAAGGCCGCGUUUGACCUUGUAAACCCCGUCGUCUCCAUUUCUACUUCUCUAAGCAUAAAAAAACUGUAUCUUUUCUGAUUUCUCGCACGAAUAAAUCCAAAUUCCCAAUCUUGAUGCACUCCCAAAUCUAAAAAUUCAAUCUUUUUCCGUUUUCCGAUUGGAUCAAUCGGCGUUCCGAUGGGGGAUUUAGUAAAGCAGACGCUUGCGACGCCGAUCCAGCUCACCGACCAGGUCACCAAGGCCGCCGACGAGGCCGCCACGUUCAAGCAGGAGUGCGCCGAGCUCAAAUCCAAGACCGAGAAGCUCGCCGCCCUCCUCCGGCAGGCCGCGCGCGCGAGCAACGACCUCUACGAGCGGCCCACGCGCCGCAUCCUCGACGAGACCGUCCAGGUCCUCGACAAAGCCCUCUCCCUCGUCUCCAAAUGCCGCGGCAACGGCCUCGUCAAGCGCGUCUUCACCAUCAUCCCCGCCGCCGCCUUCCGCAAAAUGUCCUCGCAGCUCGAAAACUCAAUCGGCGACGUCUCCUGGCUCCUCCGCGUGUCCGCCUCCGCCGACGACCGCGCCGACGAGUACCUCGGCCUCCCCCCCAUCGCCGCCAACGAGCCCAUCCUCGGCCUCAUCUGGGAGCAGAUCGCCACGCUCUACACCGGCUCCGUCGACGACCGCGCCGACGCCGCCGCCUCCCUCGUCUCCCUCGCCCGCGACAACGACCGCUACGGCAAGCUCAUAAUCGAGGAAGGCGGCGUCGGCCCUCUCCUCAAAUUGAUCAAGGAGGGGAAGCAAGAGGGCCAGGAAAACGCCGCCCGCGCGAUCGGCCUCCUCGGGCGCGACCCCGAGAGCGUCGAGCACAUGACCCACGCGGGCGUCUGCUCUGUCUUCGCCAAGAUCCUCAAAGAGGGGCCCAUGAAGGUCCAGGCCGUCGCCGCCUGGGCCGUCGCCGAGCUCGCCGCCCAUUACCCCAAAUGCCAAGAUCUCUUCGCUCAGCAUAACAUUAUCCGACUCUUAGUCAGCCAUCUCGCUUUCGAAACCGUUCAGGAACACAGCAAGUACACCGUCGUCAGCAAAGCCACCUCGAUCCACGCCGCCGCCGUCGUUUUAGCCAGCAAUGGUGGUGCGGCAGCCGAUCAUCAUCACCAUUUAGAUGAUGAUAAAACCCAGAUGCCACGGUCUAAUCAGAUGUACAAUGUUGUCACCACCACCAUGUCCGCUGUCAAACCCAAUUCGGGCGGUGGAGGUGGUGGUGGAGGAGGAGGGAAGGUGAAUUCCCUCCACAACAACCACCUCCACCACCCGAGCAUAUCGCUCUCGGGCGCGAGCACUCGCGCCCGAGAGGCGGAGGACCCGGCCACCAAGGCGCAGAUGAAGGCGAUGGCAGCACGGGCGCUCUGGCAUCUGGCGAAGGGAAACUCCGCCAUAUGCCGAAGCAUCACAGAAUCGCGAGCAUUACUGUGCUUUGCGGUUCUGCUAGAGAAGGGCCCGGCCGAGGUGCAGUACAACUCGGCCAUGGCCUUGAUGGAGAUCACCGCGGUGGCGGAGGGCGACGCGGAACUAAGGAGGUCGGCAUUCAAGCCGAACUCCCCCGCCUGCAAGGCCGCGGUGGAUCAGCUCUUCCGGAUCCUCGAGAAGGGGGAUUCGGAGCUGCUGAUCCCCUGUAUCAAGGCCAUAGGAAACUUAGCUAGGACUUUUAAGGCCACCGAGACGCGGAUGAUUAGCCCGUUAGUUAGACUGCUCGACGAGAGGGAGGUCGAGGUGUCUCGGGAGGCGUGUGUCGCGCUCACCAAGUUCGCCUGUGCGGAAAAUUACCUCCACCUCGACCACGCGAAGGCCAUCAUCGAGGCUGGGGGUGCCAAGCACCUCGUGCAGCUCGUGUACUUCGAGCAGGUCGUGCAGAGCUCCGCGCUCGUGCUGCUGUGCAACAUUGCGAUGCACGUGCCUGACAGCGAGGAGCUGGCACGGGCGGAGGUGCUGACUGUGCUCGAGUGGGCGUCCAAGCAGGCCGCGCUGUGCCAGCUCGAGGAGGUCGAGAGGCUGCUGCCGGAGGCUAAGGGGAAGCUUGAGCUGUAUCAGUCGAGAGGGUCGAGGGGGUUCCAUUGAUGAUCAUAGCAAUCUUGAGAAGAUACAUGUUUUUUGGUUAUUCAUAUUGCUGGUUUCUUGCCAAUAUUUAUGUCAUUUUGUUUUCAUUCAUAUGGAUUGUAUAUAGCAUUAGUUGAUGCCUUUGUAAGAAAAGAAUGUCAAGAAUUGUUUUUUUUUUC